AUAACUUAUUGCCCACAAACCACAACAGAUAACAAAAACAAGAAAGAAGAAAAAGAAAAAAAAAAACUAAAGAAGAUUAAAAAAAAAUCUCAGAAAUGGAAUAUUCCCAAUCUUCCAUGUAUUCGUCUCCGAGUUCUUGGAGCUCAUCACAAGAAUCAUCACUCUUAUGGAACGAGAGCUGUUUCUUUGAUCAAUCUUCUGAUCCUCACUCCUUCUUGUGCCCUAACUACGAUUACUCCGAUGACUUUUUCUCAUUUGAGUCGUCGGAGACGAUGAUGGUUAAGGAAGAAAUCCAAAACAGUGAAGUUUCCAACUCCGAGGAAGAAGAAAAGGUUGGAGUCGAUGAAGAGAGAUCAUACAGAGGAGUGAGGAAAAGGCCGUGGGGCAAAUUCGCAGCGGAGAUAAGAGAUUCAACAAGGAACGGGAUUAGGGUUUGGCUCGGGACGUUCGACAAGGCCGAGGAAGCUGCUCUUGCUUACGACCAAGCCGCUUUCGCCACCAAAGGUUCUCUGGCCACACUUAAUUUCCCCGUGGAAGUGGUUAGAGAGUCUCUCAAGAAAAUGGAGAAUGUGAAUCUUCAAGAUGGAGGAUCUCCGGUUAUGGCCUUGAAGAGGAAACAUUCGCUUAGGAACCGGCCUAGAGGGAAGAAGAGAUCUUCUUCUUCGUCUUCUUCUUCUUCUAACUCCUCUUCUUACUCUUCAUCUUCUUCUGCUUCUUCAACAUCAAGAAGUAGUACUAGUAAGCAGAGUGUUGUGAAACAAGAAAGUGGUACACUUGUGGUUUUUGAAGAUUUAGGUGCUGAGUAUUUAGAACAACUUCUUAUGAGCUCAUGUUGAUCUUGUAAUUAGUGUCAGCUAAAACUACUUUAAUUUUGUGAUAAUUAAAUCUUUAAAUUUGUUUGUUCAUUCUGCAAUUUCUUUGGUUCUCUUAUUUUUUGUUUUUGUAUCCAAAUGAAAUUAUUGGAAGAGAGGUGAUGUUGAUG